AUGGUACAGAGAAGGUUUUGUUUGCAGGAAAAUACAUAAUGAAGAUAUUUAAUUAAAAAUAAUUUACCAGAACAUUAGUUUAAUGGGAAAUUCGCACAAUAAGAGUAAUAUUUACGGGAACCACAAUCAAUCAGUGAAUUCAAGUCGCAACGGCCAACAAUUUACAAGUCAGUUCAGUCUCUCCCAUUUCGUCGGCAACCUUAGCGGGCGUUCUUUUGCGAGCCUAACAAGCAACCAGUCCGUGUACAGCGCAUCGCGACCUUGGUCUCGGAUUUCUAGACGAAGAUAGUGAGUGAAAGCGCUGUGAACCAAGUAAAGGAAGAGGCGCGUAUUCAAUCGGCUUGCGGACACCACCCCUUUAUCGCUGGCGCCGUGUCACGCUGGCAAACAAAGAAAACAUUGUAUAUUGUUUCAGAAUACAUUGCCGGUGGUGAAUUGUUAGCUGUAUUGGAUAAAUACAAGAUAUUGCCUGAGGAGCUUGUGAAAGUGUUUGUUGCUGAGAUUGCUAUAGCCAUUGAUUUUCUUCAUAAUGCUGGAGUCAUCUACCGGGACUUGAAGCCUGAGAAUAUACUUUUAGAUACAGACCAUCACAUUAAGCUUGUUGAUUUCGGUCUUUCGAAGUGGCUACCCAUUGGCUCACGAACAACUACACUCUGUGGCACUUUGAAAUAUAUGGUGUGGGAUUUGACUCGUUACUUUAUUUAAUCGUGAGAUGGCUCUAUGCUCCGGUCAUCCUGUGACCUUUUCUCUUCUGAAAAACAUCGGGAGUGCGUAACGGAGAGAGUUUACGUGAUUAUGUCAGUGGAGGCAGUUGCGCGAGCGACUUGCCAGUGACGACGGCAAGAUGAACGCCCGCAGUAUUUCGUUCGAGAUGUCAAUGGAAGGCAGGCAAGUAGACGAGGUGGUGGCGAGUAUAUUCCACACCGUACUAUUUCAUCGUUCAAGCGGCAAGUUCACCUACAACAACGAGGAGAGCUACUCCAUACGGACAGUCAGCUACAUCGACGUCGAUUGCGAUUUCAUCGACUUCACGUACGUAUGCUGUGAGUCUGAGGCCCUUGGUCGAAACGUGAAGAAGGAGAUAUCGGAGUUCUCCGAUCUAUUACGGACAGCCAGUUCCUCCCCACCGCGAGGGUCUAUCAGUCUCGAGUUCUUUCAGAAGCGGCGCGCCCGCUGGCCUUUCCAACCCGAAUGCGUGCCUUGGGAAGUGUGGACAGUUUGCUGCGAGCUAACUGAAUCACGCAAUGAGCAUGACAUGCACAGCCAACACGAGAGCGUUGUCGAAAUGCUUCAGGACAAGAUAGUCCACAUUACAGAGAUCAUUAACCGUCAUGAAUACGUCCCCAAAAUGCCCAGCCGGUCAGAUGCUGACCUUAUAUUUGACACUUCAUAUGCAGAUAUUCAACCAUACCUUUUUAAAAUACAGUACAAUCUAUCCGGUGCGCCUCCAACCUCUGUUGGCAACACAGUGCGUAAAUUGAUUCGUGAUACUCUAUCAUUGUGAUCUAUAUUAUAUUUAUGUUCCCUUUAUUAUCUGUGGCAGCACAGCAAUGGAUCUUACUUUCUUGUGUUAUUGAUAUACAAAUUGUGUAACAUGAUAUUAAUUUUGUGGAUGUAAAUUAAUGACUAUAUCUUUUGUGUCGUUCUUAUUACGUAACCAUAAAAUAAACCACGCUUUCGAAAAUUCAAAUGUAUUAAAAAGUCACAGCUUAUAAUAUAUAUUUUACUAAUAAAAGAUCUUUUAUCUAAUGUGCAAUUAUUUUUACAAGUGGCAAUUUUGUAAAUACAAAAAUUCAAUUGUAGGUACUUUUAUUUUAUUGACAAUUAUGAACAACUAAUAUUUUUUUUAUUAUAAUCGAAGAUGGUUGGAUAAUUUAAUUCCUAUUUUCAUAACAAAAAUGUACUUAUUUAGCACAAAAUUGCAUAAUUUAAAAUUUACACUGUUGCCGGUGUUAAGUAUCUAACAUAACAUUAACUAGUCCCUAUUUUAACUUGUAAUGUUUUUUUUUCUUUUAUAUAUUGUGUCUAAUAUUUUGUUUGGUAUUGACUAACUGAUGUAUUUAUUUCGUGAUUUAAAUAUUUAUCGUUAAUCUGUUGUAAUAAUAGUAAUAAUACAAAUUAGUUGUAGAAUUGUUUUGGAGCAAAGGCUGGUUGAUGUGUCCACUCAUUUUUUAAGGUUUGUCUUCACAACUUACUUAAGUUUUGACGUUUUUAUAUUUCCAUGUUAGGUAACUAAAUAGUGUUUAUUUGUAAUUAUUCACAACUAAAGUAGUAUAUAAUUUAAAAUUACCUAAAGAUUAAUGAGGUUUGUACAUAUUUGUUUUAUAUAAUUUCCCGCCAUUUCUAUUUUAACAAGUUCUGUUGCAUGUUCAUUAUGAAUGGGUAAUAUUAGUUAUUUGCUGAAGUACAAAAGCUUCGGUCACUAAGCGUGCCACUCGUUGAUAUUUGAUUUAUUAUUUAGAAAUAUACGUGUUUGUUUAAUUUUGAAUCUUAUUUUGUGAUAUUGCCAAUAAUGAAGCGAAAAAUAACAUAAAUAAACAUGUAGAGUACAUUUAAUUUCACACUUAUUUAAACUUUUAGAAUAGAAAGUUAUAUUACAACUAAAACACGUUUAACUAGCUAGGUGUAUGCUAUAGGAUUUGUAAAUAAUGUAUAUAAAAUUAUAGAUUUCUCCUUUAUGUAUAGAUAAGGUUGAGGUAUUAAGAGCUUUAUAAAAUUAAAUGUUCAGCUAAACGAACUUUUUAAACAGUGAAAUAUAAUUUAAUACAAUCAGUGAGUUUAGUAUAACUAGUGUUCAGAGCUCUAAUUUUAAAUUAGUGAAUGGUGCAUAGAAUGUAUUGUGUGUAACUAGUAUAACUGAAGUAUUUUCUCACUAAUAGAUUACUUAUUUGUAAAAUAUUUUCAGAUGGUUCGAUGAUUGCACCAUCGCCAUCAGUUCAUCUCUCGUAUGGAUAGUUGUUUUUCUGUUCAAUAUGAUAUAGCAAAUUUUUUAUAACACUUCUAUGCUAGAAAGUCCAUCCAUAAUAAAACUUCUGAUUUACUUUCCUACCUCAUUUUGUGACUAGACUUAGUGUAUAUUACAUCUCAAUUGGAAAGUGAUUUCCUUUUUCCUAGUUCUAUUUAUCAUCAUUAUAUUUGUCACCAAAGAAGAGGCUGUACAUACGUUGCAACUACAGGAACAUUCAAAUAAAUAAAAAAACUAUAAUUCUAAAUAUCGUUCUUUGUUCUUUAAUACAAGCAUUUUUUCAUAUCAGCGAGUACCUUAUGAAGCGUAAUUUCGCAACAUAAUUUAUAGUCGUAUGUAGUGAACCCGGUGAUAGGACAAUAUAUUAUUCUAUCAUAAUAUAUUAUAAUAAUAUCCUUUAUUAUGUGCCUCGUUUUAAUUCGUAAAAGUAUAGUAUGUCGAGCACAUUGUAAAUUAUAUAACCAAUGCACACAUUUAAGGCCUUAUUUGAAAGAUGAUUUUGAUAUAUCUUAAAUGUGUCUAAUAAUGGCUGUUUUAUAUUAGAGUUUAUGGUGAAUGAGAAUGGAGCUAUCUGUUGUGAUGUAUGAGUUCAAAAAAUGCAAAAAAUUUGUCUUGUGAUAAUUUAUACUAUAAAUAUGUGAAUAAAUUAUGAAAUAUUAAUCAAUUGUUUUAUUUUAAGUUAUUUUGAUCACUGUAUGAUACAACCUCAGCCCACAGGUGAAUAACUCAUUUGUUUAUGUACUUCAACUCUUCAUGAUUGCACUAUAGAAUAAUAUGUUUAGUCCGUUUUAAUCAAAUUUCAAAAGAAUGUAAGUAAACACAUGUUUAAAUUUAUUUUUUUAAACAAUAAAUUGUACGAUGUUAAUCUACAUAAAACAUGUUUUACAUUGGUUUGUAAUUUUAAACUGCUAAAUAUUUAUAUUACCUAAAGAAUACCUAAUCAUUCUGUACAUUCGAAAACCAAUUAAUUGGAACAGACUAGACGGUUUGCGUACGCGUUACAUAUUAGGGGAGGAGUAAUCUGAGUUCUCUCAAAAGGGCAACCCAAGAAUGAUAGUACUGAAAAGAACGUGAGGAAACGUCUGAAAAAGGACCUCUAAAGCCUUUCUUAUGAAACACUGGUAACCCGCCAAGGGUUUGUCUGGAUAGGAUUUAUUUAUGUAGCGUCAUUUAGAUUUAAAAAAGUCAAAGACCAUUUUUGUUAUAUUUUUUUUUCUAUAAACUUUGAAUAAAAUAUAGCCUAGAUUCCUUCUGGCUUUGCUAUCUAUCUGUUCGUAAUGUUUAAAGUCAAAACACCUUUUUUUUGUGAUAAAAUAUAUU